UCUGAACAACGCUUGCACUGAGGUCCAGAGUCCGGUGUGUGUGGCGGAAGAUGAAGAUGGCAACACCCAACCAGUAUCCAAUCCAUGGAGUGAGACAGGGGCCGUAAACUGCAAAGAUAAGCCCUGUAGUUUGUAUUUGAAUAUACACCAUCACACUUUGAGUUUCAGUUUCAAAGAUCACACCGGCUCAGUCUCUUGGCUAUUCAUGGAUUCUUUUCAACAGGAUCUGUUUUGGAAAACAAGGCCUUGCAGCACUGGGGGAUGCCCUGAGUAGAAUCAUCUGACUUUGAAAACAACAUUAUUUUGAGAUCAAACACACUCUAUCCAGCUAUGAUGGGUGUUGACUUGCGGGCACUCAUCCAGCCUGUGGGCAUCAUGCGAAUAAUGGCGACCAUCCUCACCUGUAUAUGUUUUAGCCUAGUGGCAACAGUGGGACACGUCUCAUCUCCCUACUGGGCAUGGUGCAUGUUUACCUGGUGCUUCUGCUGCUUCUUCACCCUUCUUAUUCUCAUCUUGGAGUUCACAACCAUCAAUGCCAAAUUACCUUUCCCCUGGGAUGAUUUCACCACUGCCUUUGCAAUGCUAGCAAGCCUCAUGUGCCUUGCUGUCUCCAUCAUCUACCCCACCUUUUUUACCUGUAAUACCUGCCAUCGCCAGAUCGGUGCCUCUGUGGUGUCCUGGGUCUGUUUCGGGGUGUACGCAGGUGAGGUGGCUUUAACUCGCCUUCAUCCAAGUGGACAGAAGAGCGGAUUCCUCUCCACGUUGCCCGGCAUUAUGAAGAUGCUGGAGACGUUCCUCGCCUGUCUCAUCUUCACAUCCCUGGAAGAAGGCCAAUUUAAAUCCCCAGGACUGCGAUGGUGCGUGGCUGUGUACUCAUUGUGCUUCAUUUUCGCCAUCCUCAUAAUCCUGCUCACUAUUACACAAAUGACCUCUUUUUUUCCAUUUUCUUUUGACAAGCUUGUUAUUGUCUACAACAUUUUGGCAGCGGUAAUGUAUGUGACAAGUAUGGUGAUCUGGCCACUGUACAGUUUCCGCAACAAUAAGAGACCCAGUGGCUGUGGCCACCUCUGUGCCUGGGAUAAACUGGUGGUAGUCACCUUCAUGACAAUUUUCAACGUUAUUGUUUACACCCUGGACACUGCCUACUCUAUACGCCUUGUGUUCUUUGUCAGUGACCAGUGAAGCUGCUGCUCAUUAACUUAUUAACCAGCAUGAACUGAGAACAAAUUCUGCAGGGUUUGAAUUAAGUUGUUGUUGUGUUGGACACAAUGCAAAUGCUGAACUCAUUAUAUCUUAUUCUAAUGCUGUUCACAGUGUUGACAGAGAUGAUUGAUUAGGAUAAUGAAAUAUUGGGGGAAAAGGAGUAGUGUUAGUUAAUGAUGAUGAUUCUGGUAUCGCUGUUAUAAAAAUAAAUAAUAUUAAAUGUAAUUUUGCCGAUGCUUUAUCCAAAGCGACUUACAAUUUCUAUAUAUGUCAGAGCACACACACC